AUGGCACUCUUUCUUCUCGACCAUGGUGCAGGUAACGUUCAGAGCCUGGCUAAUUCAAUCAGGAAACUCGGUUAUGAUUUCUCCUGGAUAUCUAGUCCAGCCGACUUCGAUAAAGCAUCUAUCCUUGUAUUUCCAGGGCAGGGUGCUUUCCACACUGCGAUCGAUUGUUUGACAGAGCGUGGUUUACUUGAGCCCCUCUAUGACUAUAUUCAAUCUGGAAAGCCGUACUUUGGCAUAUGUGUCGGGAUGCAAGUUCUCUUUGCGUCAUCUGCAGAAUCCCCGUCAACGCGUGGUCUAGGUGUUAUACCCUGUCAGAUAGAACGAUUCGAUGAUACCACUAAAACAGUUCCCCACAUGGGCUGGAACACUGCGGAACCUAUAGACCCAGACACCUCGUCUUCAGAAGGCGUUUCUUCCUCCAAUCACUAUUACUUCGUCCACUCAUAUCGUGCCAAGUACGACCCAGAAUGCAACCCCGAGGCUGCUAUGUGGGCACACUCGACGACCCAAUACGGACAGGAAGUAUUCAUGUCCACCGUCCGAAAGGGCAAUGUAUUUGGCGCUCAAUUCCAUCCCGAAAAAUCCAGUGUUGCUGGACUCGCCGUCAUCGAUGCUUGGAUAAAGCAGUCUCUCGCGGGGCGCAUGCCAGCCGAGCCAUCACGUCGGAUUCUACGCCCUCCUAAACCACAACACGGCUUCACUAGACGCAUCAUUGCUUGCAUGGAUGUUCGUGCGAACGAUGAAGCACCUACUACUUUCAAAACAGCCGGCGCCGUUCGCAACCUCGGCAAGCCUGUUGCACUGGCAGCACGCUACUUCGAGUCAGGUGCAGAUGAACUGUGCCUCCUUAACAUCACUUCCUUCCGCCACUCCCCACUCCAAGAUCAGCCAAUGCUCGCAGUUGUACGGGCUGCAGCAGAGUGUGUAUUCGUACCACUCACCAUCGGCGGGGGUAUUAAAGAUACAGUCGACCCUGAUGGCACGAAACGCUCUGCUGUUGAGGUCGCUGGUGCAUAUUUCCGAGUCGGGGCUGACAAGGUCAGCAUCGGUUCCGAGGCAGUCUAUGCUGUCGAGAAAGUUCGCGCAUCAGACGGCAGAUUGGAUGGCAACAGCGCCAUCGAGACGAUUUCCAAAGUAUAUGGCUCUCAGGCCGUCGUUGUUUCCAUAGACCCCAAAAAAGUAUACGUCGACCCCGCCACGUACGACGGGCCCUACAAGGACGAGCUUAUACAUGGUCAAUCAAAUAGUCCCGAAAACGAGCGGGGAAAAGCUUGGUGGUACCAAUGUACCGUUUCGGGAGGUCGUGAGACCCGCCCUGUGUCAGUUGUGCAACUCGCACAGGGUGCACAGAUCCUCGGUGCCGGCGAGAUCCUUCUAAAUAGCAUCGACCGCGAUGGAACAGGGCUUGGCUUUGACCACGACCUAAUCGGACUUGUAAAGCGCGCAGUGACUAUCCCUGUUGUUGCGAGCAGUGGCGCAGGCGCCAAGGAACAUUUUGUGAGAGUGUUUGUUGAGACAGGCGUGGAAGCUGCCCUUGCGGCAGGAAUAUUCCAUCGGGAGGAAGUCGGAAUACAGGAAGUCAAGUCAGCUUCGAGGCAGGCUGGCAUCAACGUCAGAUCGUGAAGAAGAUAUCUACAAUUAUAGACCAAGAUAUUGUAGCCGUGAUCGAAAAGUUACGACCUUGCGAUGUGAUCUUCUAUGUAAGAAUUCUGCAGGAUUGAUCACCUUCGAAAAGCGCCUGAUCAAUGAUGUCGAUCGGACGCGACAGUACUGCACACUCUC